AUGCGCGAGCUCCUAAUCGCCAAACCCGAACUCUACAUCGGCGCUCUCGACUGGCUGACCCCAUGCGAAACCGUCCACGUCCGAGGCUCUUUCCGCCCAAGAGAUAUCUACGAUAUCGACCCCAAGCAGAACUACAUCAACGUGAAGAAAUCGUUUAAGGAUUAUGUGGCGAAAGCGAGUAAUUGGCCGGUCGGUCAGGCGUUGAUUGAUAUGCUGCCGGAAUUGGCGGGUAACAUGGUUGUUGAGGAGGGGGAGUUGCCGGGAGCGAAGGGGACGGAGAGGGAUGGGAAGCCUGGAUUUUUCUACGUUUAUGUCAUGUCGUAA